CUCCUCUUCUCCUCGUCCAAGAUGGCGGCCGCCUCGCGGACGGAGCUCGGAGCCGGAGCCUACGCUUCGAUCAGUGAUGAAUGGUGACGCCAGGACCGCAUCGCCGGUCUGCGCCGCCACGGCCGUCAAGAGGCCCCCCUGCGACGACGGCUGCAGCGACGUCGACGAGCGCCAGCCUUCGUCGGCGAGCGGCAGCGGCGGCCCGGCCGCCAACAAGCGGCGCGCGGCGGCGAUCGAGGUGAGCCGCUUCUGGAACGAGCCGACCUCGAGCCCGCGACUGAGCCGUCGGUUCUACGGCGUCGACUGCCAGGUGCUCGCCAAGCGACUCCUGGGCAAGAUCCUCGUACGCCGACUGGCCGACGGCACAGUGCUCAAGUGCCGCGUCGUCGAGACUGAGUGCUACUUGGGCUGCGACGACCAGGCUUCGCACUCGUACAACGGCCGGCGCACCGAGCGCAACGAGCCCAUGUUCAUGGACCCAGGCACGGCGUACGUGUACGUGGCCUACGGCAUGUACCACUGCUUCAACAUCUCCAGCGAGGGCGACGGCGCCGCGGUGUUGCUGCGCAGCGCGGUGCCCCUCCAGGGCGUCGAGCUAAUGCGGCGCCUGCGCGGCGCUCGCCGCAAGGACGCCGGACGCAAGCUCAAGCUGUUCGAACUGUGCAACGGGCCCUCCAAGCUGUGCCUCGCCAUGAACAUCACCAAGGAGACCCUGAACAAAGAGUUUCUGCCCGACAGCCAGGCGCUGUGGCUCGAGAGAGACGGCGAUGGCGACGUGCCGCCCGAGCAGAUCGUCGUCUCUCGCCGUGUCGGCAUCGAAGGAGCGGGCCGCGAGUCGGCGGCCAAGCCGCUGCGCUUCUACCUGAGAGACUGCGACUGCGUCAGUGUCAGGGACAGGGUGGCGGAGACACGGGCAGCAGCACAGCAGCAGCAGCAGCAGCAGGUCGUCGCGGCGCUACAGCCGCCCGUGCCCUAGCUGGCGCACUUUUA